GAUCAGUUUUCAUCUCCACAUCUGCAACUUUCCCUUCCCCCGAGCUCAGCUAGCAGCAAUGGCUUCCUUUCUCAAACGUGACACCUUUGCUGUCCUUCGUUCUCAUCAUCCUCAGGCGGCUGAGGUUUCGCAGUUGCAAUCUAGACGUCAACUUCAUGUAGAACCUGGGGCUCGCGAGAAAGCCCUUUUGGCAAAGGACCCAGCAUUAGAGCGUUUUAAAUCAUAUAGGAAAGGUGCCUCACGCAUCAGAAGAAUUGGAGAUUACCUCACUAUUGCAGUUGUAGCUGGAUGUUGCUAUGAGAUUUAUGUGAGAGCUGUGACACGAGAAGAAGCUCGUAAAUCAGCUUCUGGAAGUGCUUGAUUUGAUGUUGAUGUUGAUGGUGAUCAUUACUUGUUCCCUUGAAGCAUGAAAAAGAUUGUUAAUAAUUUUAUGAAUAAGCAGUGUUGUUGAUUUUUGAAGAAAAAAGAUCUUUCUUUUAUGCAUAAGAUGAGCCGUUUCAGUUUUCUUUCAGAUGGUGUCAUGAAUGUG